AUGCCUCGACAAUUCUUAAAGUCAUUCGUUUUUUCUUCUUUCGUCAUCACAGCUCUGGCUGGCAGAGGCGACGUCAAGCACCCCACGCCUUACCAUGAGGUGCCGCAACUAGUUAGACAUGAUUCUUUUGAGCUUUUCAGCGCGCCCACCCUGGACCAUCUGAACCCGCGCCAGGAGAAGACGGCCGACGGCCUCACCGCCAUCGAUACCUUCACUUACAACAGCGAGACAUGGACGGCCUACGAAGACCUCACGCGCUUUGACGGCCCUCUCGUUCUGAUCUCAGCUUCCGGUACACGCCGCGAAAUCAAGCGCUACGUCGAGGCCUCGAGCGACGAGGCCGUCUCGCUCAACAGGACCGUUGACGCGUACUUUGGUCUCGACCCCGCCAACGAUGUGAAUCUCAAGCAGAACGACGUCCUGGCGGAGCGCCUCCUCAAGGAUGGCGAGCCUGUCGAGACGCAUGUCCGCGACGUCAUCGACCUGUCCUUCCUGCCGUGGGACACGUACCUCGGCAACGUCCAGGCGAACGACACCAUGGCGCUGGACUGGCAGUCCACGACGAAAAACUACGCCCCGUGGAACGACCUGCUCGAGGCCGCGGAUGGCACGCACUCUAACUACAGCUUUGACGGGCUGCUCAGCGGCUGGAUGCCCGCGUGCCGCAAGAUCUACCGCGGCCUCAACGACGCGACCGACUGGGUCGACAUCACCGCCUUCGCCGACGUCGACUCGCCCGACCCGGAGAUCGUCCACGUCUGGUUCUCCAUGACGUACAUCAAGGGCGGCGUCGUCCGCGCCCACAAGUUCGCCCUGGACUACAAGCAAUUCCUACCCCUGAAGGCACACCCCACCGCCAACGACUUCUACCCGGCGCUCAUCCGCUUCACGGACUACUGGACCUCCCACGUCAAGGACGGCCUAUCCCUCACCCUGCCCGACGAGACCUGGGCAGACAUGGGCAAGCACGCCUUCGCAGCGGAGCUCGUCAACCGCGGCGGCGGCGUGUCCCCGCGCUACGGCGCCUUCGAGCGCGACUACGGCGGCUCGGAGUACGACGGGUUCCAGGACAUCCUAACCAGCUCGCUCACGGCGAACCUCGCGUGGGGCCGUUUUGACCAGGCCAAGGCUGUGCUGGAGAAUUACAUGGACUGGUACGUCUACGACGACGGCGCGAUCAAGAUGCGCGGGCCCGCGGUACCGCAGUUCGGCCUGUCGCUGUCCCUGAUCGCGCGCUACGUGCAGUACACCGGCGACGCGGCCUUUGUGGACAAGUACAAGGCCAAGAUCCUCGCGUGGGUGGGCAUGCUCACGACGCGCCAGGACGAGAACCUGAAGCUGCCGGCGACGGACCCGUACUACGGCCUCAUCUCAGGCUGGAGCGAGUCCGAUGCGGCGCUGCGGAGCGACGCGUGGCGGUUUGAGAAGCCGUACUGGAAUAAUGCUGCCUUCGCCGCGCGCGGGUUGCGGGAUCUGAGCAAGAUUGAGGCGUUCGCGGAGCAGGCUAAGGACUGGAACGAGCGCGCGGAUAAGCUGGUUAACCAGACAGCGGUGACUCUUGAUAGAUGGAUCCAGCGCAACCUCACCCCGCCCUAUGUCCCUGUGCUCCCGAACGAGACGACGCACGUGCUGGAAGACCUGGCGGAGAAGGGGGACGCGUCGUCGCAGUGGUGGCCUCACCGUGUCUACUCGGAGCUGCUGCAGGCGUCUGUUCUUUCGCCGAACCAGACAGACAUGGUGAUUGACUCGAUGCGGGCGUAUGGCAUCACGAGUCUGGGUGUCGUGGCGAACGUGACGCCCUUGAAGUCCGACACGCGAGAUAUUCUGGGCUUCAUCUCGUACGGCUACGCGUUGAGCCUCCUACUCCAGGACCGCAUCGACGAGUUCGUGCUGUUCCUGUACACCCACCGAUACCACGUGCACAACCGCGGCUUGUGGCUCGCCGCCGAGGUCGCCGGCACCGGGGGCGGUUCGAGCACGUACUGCCAGCCCUCCGAGUUCACCAUCCCCAUCCUGCUGAGAGCCGCGCUGCUGCUGGACCACCCGGACGACGACGCCUUGUUGGUUGGACGGGGCGUGCCGAGGAAGUGGCUCAGUGAGGGCAAAGUCGCGGUGCAGAGGGCCCCGACGAAAUGGGGACUCGUCGAUCUGGAUAUGCAGCUGGACGAGAAGGCGAGCACUGUCACCACGACUUUGGGCUUUGAUAAGGCGCCCCCGACGGAGGUGAGAGUCAAGAUGAGGGUGCCGGAGGGUCGUCAGCUGAAGAAUGUUACGGUUGGUGGUGCGGCGACGGAGUUCAAGGGAGAGGAGGUUACGCUGCGUCUUGGGUCAGAUGCCCGCAAUGUUACUGUCGUGGGAAGCUUUUCGUAG